AUGGGAAGUUCAAACCAGUGCAUUCUUGGUAUAGCAAAAAUGGCUACUCGUUUUAUUUUUGCAAUUUUUUCCCUUUGCCUCUAUUGUGCCAUUUCUCUCACUCAAUCUCUAAACAAUGGCUUUAGUGUAGAACUCAUCCACCGUGACUCUUUAAAAUCUCCAUUCUAUAACCCCUCUAAAACUCCAUUCCAAAGAGUUGCCAGUGCAGUGCAUCGUUCCAUCAAUGGUGCCAAUCGUUUCAACAAAGCCUAUGUUGGGAAUGUUGUCCCAACAGACACAACAGAAUCAACUGUAGUCCCAGAUAGAGGUGAGUAUCUCAUGAGUUAUUCAGUUGGAACCCCGCCUUUCAAGCUUUAUGGUAUUGUUGAUACUGGUAGUGAUAUUGUUUGGUUGCAAUGCCUACCUUGUGAAACAUGUUACAAACAAACCACUCCUAUUUUUGAUCCAUCAAAAUCCAAAACUUAUAGAACCAUUCCUUGCUCUUCUAAAUGCGAUUCUAUCCGUUCUGCCUCUUGCUCUAAUGGGCAAACUUGUCAGUACAUUAUCAAUUAUGGUGAUAGGUCAAGAUCACAAGGAGAUCUUAGCGUUGAAACUCUCACUUUGGAGUCCACAAGUGGCUCUCCCAUCACAUUUCCAAAAACUGUGAUUGGAUGUGGACAUAGCAAUACUGUGUCGUUUCAGGGUCGAAGCUCGGGCAUAGUUGGUCUUGGAGGUGGAUCUAUAUCUCUUAUAACUCAAAUCGAUUCUUCAAUUGACGGGAAAUUCUCCUAUUGUUUGGUGCCAAUGUUUUCAGCGUCUAACAGCUCGAGCAAACUCAAUUUUGGGGACGCUGCUAUUGUUUCUGGGGAAGGAACUGUCUCAACUCCCAUUUUCCAAGGUGUUGUUGAUGUCUUUUACUACCUAACCUUGGAAGCAAUUAGUGUGGGAGAUAAGAGAAUAGAAUUUAGAAGCUCUGAAUCUGGUCAAGAGGGAAAUAUCAUAAUUGACUCGGGCACAACACUGACUCUAUUGCCAGAUGAUGUUUACUCCAAUUUGGAAUCAGCGUUGGUGAAUGCGAUGAAAGAAGAGCGUGUUGAUGAUCCAAGUCAACAACUGAGCCUUUGUUACCAAAUUUCAUCAAAACAAUUGGAUAUUCCUACUAUCACUGCACAUUUUAAGGAUGGAGAUGUCACUUUGACUGCUCUCAACAGUUUUGUUCAAGUUGCUGAUGGUGUUGGAUGCUUCGCAUUUGUCCCUUCUCAAUCUGAUGCCAUCUUUGGGAACUUGGCACAACAAAACUUGUUGGUUGGCUAUGACCUUCAGAACAAAGUUGUCUCCUUUAAGCCCACUGAUUGUACCAAGUUGUGA